AUGGAACCAGAAAUUCAGAACGCGAAUCCUACAAUUUUGGAUGUGUCUGAUAUAUCUCGUCGAAGAGAAAAGCGCAAGGUUCGAGAUUAUUCGGCCAAGAAACAUGGAAUUCAGAGUAUAUUGAUGGCGAAACCCAGCUAUACCAUGGAUCCCUUCUACAUGUCAGAUUUUUCAGAUGAAGACUCCGAUGAUUCUGGUUUGGAACCAAUAGAUGAGCAGGAAAUAUAUGAUUUGAUCGCACCAAUUUCGGACCCUGAGCACCCUCUUUCGUUGGAGUCUCUAGGAGUAGUUAAACUUGAGGAUGUGCACCUCGUUUCGCCUUCUGAUCUUACAAACCCGGCAACACUCUCUCGAGUAUUAGUCGAAUUGACGCCAACGGUUUCACAUUGUUCCCUAGCAACUGUUAUUGGACUCGGUGUUCGAGUACGUUUGGAACAAGCUCUCCCGCCAAGUUACCGAGUCGAGGUCAAGAUUAAGAAGGAUACACACAGUCAGGCGGCAGAAGUCAACAAACAACUGGCUGAUAAAGAGCGUGUUGCAGCUGCACUCGAGAAUGACAACCUCAUGAAAUUGCUAAGGAAGAUGAUGAAGACCUGUCUCGACAGUCAAUGA